ACCAGGCAAGGGAGCUGCAUGCUGUAUGCCAGAGCAUCUCACACACAAAUUCGCAUGGAUUCUGACGCCAGCCUGGGCUCCAGCCGAGCUUCCUCCCCGGAGGUGGAUGACAUUUUCCUGCACUCGCGGAGAGGUGGGGGCGGCGCCUUCUCGGCGGCCGUGUCCUCCUCUACCAUGAGCGACUCCCCCGCGGAACUGAGCGCGGAGCUCCGUAACGCCAUGGCCAUGGCCGCGGCCGCUGGGGACAAGCUGGGCGCCUUCAAGGCGGCGGCGGCGGCUGCUGCGGCGGCCGCGGCGGCGGCCAAGAGGGACAAGAAGUCGAUGAGCGAGCCCGAGCUGCAGCAGUUGCGGCUGAAGAUCAACAGCCGGGAGCGCAAGAGGAUGCACGACCUGAACAUCGCCAUGGACGGCCUGCGGGAGGUGAUGCCCUACGCGCACGGGCCCUCGGUGCGAAAACUCUCCAAGAUCGCCACCCUGCUCCUGGCGCGCAACUACAUCCUCAUGCUGACCAACUCGCUGGAGGAGAUGAAGCGCCUGGUCAGCGAGAUCUAUGGGGGCCACCACCACCACCAUGCGGCAGCAGCGGCGGCAGCGGCCGUCUACCAUCCCACAGCCUGCGGAGGCAUGAGCCACGGAUCACCUCUCUCUGCGCACCCGGUGGGGCACCCCGUGCACCACCCGCUGCUGCCCCCCACAGCCGCCAGCCUCACCUCUGGCAUCUCUGCAGCAGUCAGGGCAGUUCCUCCGCCCCCACCACCUCCACCUGCCCCCCCGUCCUCGCACCCCACCUCUCACGGCCUCCUCAAGUCCCCCAGCCCCGGCUCCGCACCCCUUGGAGGGGGCUUCCCGCACUGGAGUGGCAUGCCUUGCCCCUGCAGCAUGUGCCAGGUGCCCUCUGCCGCCCACCACCACAUGAGUGGGGCCAGCUUGUCCAGACUCAGCUCGGACACCAAGUGACUAUUUUCCUGAGUGGGGCAUCGGGACUCCCACUUUGCGCACAGUUCUAAAUGAGAGGUGGCUCGGAAGGACACUGGGCAGGGUAGAGGACGUUGUACCAUGUUUUAGUGGGCCAGCAUCAUAAUCCUGCGAGGGAUUUACCUUUUUUUAAAUAAAUAAGUCAAAGGGAAAUGACCGUUAGUGUAACCUAAAUUCCAUCUGGACUGAUCUGUUGGUUCUAGAAGGACUGGCGUACACACCUAGCCAAUGGCAGCAACUCACUGGCACAAUCACCUAGCCAAGGGGCAGAGACUCACUGGCACAAUCACCUAGCCAAGGGCAGAGACUCACUGACACAAACUCCUAGCCACGGAUGGACAUUCACUGGCACAAACACCUAGCCAAGGACAGAGACUCACUGGCACAAUCACCUAGCCAAGAGCAGUGACUCACUGACACAAUCACCUAGCAAACCGCAGAAACUCAGACUGUUUGAUUUGAUUAUGUGAUAACGUUUGUGGCAUUCGCUGCACUGUUAUACAAAGGUCAUUAUUGUUAUUCCAUUAUUUAAUACAUGGCAAACGUGUUGGAUGACCGCGUAAAGUUCCCUGUAUACAUGCAAUAGACUGCUAUGAUGCUAGUGUGAUACACUGUAGCUGUAUUUCCUCCGCUCCCAAUCUUGCUUCUGCUAAGAACCUACAGUGUGUUAAUCCGAUGUGACUCUGAUCUGAGUGUGGUGAUGAAUUGUCAGCUAUGAAACACGAUUCCCUCCUUGUGGAAUAUGGGCAUCUGCUGCCAGUCAGGGGGGGUCAGACUAUUGUUUUGUUGCCUCAACGGCUGCAAAGCUGCAGAAAUGGUUUGCAAUCGAUAUCUACAGAUCGAUGCAAACUAUAAAUCGGUCAUUAGCAAUAAAGAGAUUGCAUUGCACAUGGAGCGCAGAGGCACCAAUAGCAACCUAGGGAGGGAGGAGUAGUUUAAACUGCAUUUAAUGGGGAAAAUUGUAGUAGCAUGGUCUCCAAGUUAUUUGAGUAGAUGGAUUGAUAACUAGCACCGAAACUCAAUAUGAUGGUAUCACCUAACAGCCUCGCUGCUACAAUAUAUGCCAAUGAUGCCACUUUCUAAGGGUUUCAAGACUUUAGAAAACAAAGUUUUGCCACUGCACAAACUUUUUUCUGCCCUGCCAGUAUAGCAUCGGUGUCUCUGUAAUCCCUUUAGAAGAUAGACGGGCCCCCUCUGCGAUCCUGAUUGUAUGAACAGCAGACAAUGGGCAGACUGAGAACAAUGCUAUUGAGGGGAGAUCUGCCCCUCCAAUGGUGAGGUGCAUCAGGACAAUGAAGAGGCAGCUGGGCGGGCUACGUGUGCCAUGUCCCUAGCAGUUUGUGCAAUGAAAUACAGAAAGAUGAAAGGGCUUCAAAAACAGCAACUGCAGUAGGAUCAAGCUGGAUUCUCUGCUGCAAGGACCGUGGCCCACAGUAGGGGGGUUUACUGCUGCGACCACCCAAGCAAUAUAGAUAAUCGCUAGGAGCUGGGAUGGUGUGUAGGCUUUAGAGUCACUUUGCAAACUCCAAAAAGUAACUUUCAAUGAACAAAUGUCAGAACGGGACACUUCCUCUGCCAGUAUACUGUACCUCUUCCCUGGCACCGGACUCUAGAGCCCCCCUUGCCUCCCAUAAUGUUUUCUUAUUUUAAUAAGCCCCCAUCUGCCCCCGUUUUUUUGUUUUGUUUUUUAAGAUUUAUUUCCUAACACCUAUAGAAGAGAGCAUAUAAUAGCACCUCUUUAAUUAAAAAAAAAACACACAAAACUUGUAAAUAUAUAAAUAUAUAUCUAUAUAUUAUUUAACAUCACUCAAGGUACUUUGUUGUUUUUCUUUUACUUUGUAAUUAACCUGUAUUGCUUCAUUGAAUCUACAAAAACAUUUAUUUGUAUGACCACUAAAAGUAGUUUAUGUUGAAAUAUUUUCUUUUU